AUGGGAAAGGUAACGAGCGUGGGAAAGACGACAGACGGGAAGAAGAGAAGGGAGAAGAAGACGACGACGGACGAUGUUGUUGAUGUGGGUUGGGCGAAGAAGAACUUUUGGGCGACGACGAACGGACCUGGCUUGUCUGCAGGUACCGGUACGGGUUGUUUGUUGGCUGCGGAAACGUAUCGACACUGUUCUCUCCAAGACCCCAGAUUUCCAGCUUGCAAAAUACGCUUAUUUACGCGGGUACCUGGCGUACCAGGAUUACAGUACCAAGAUCCAGAUCUUAGUCAGCGACUGGCCAACCAACCUAACCCGCAUCCGAACUAA